GCUGGGUGCCUGUGGCCUCCAGUGCCUUUGGGCUCUCGCGACGGGCCCCGUUGUAUGGCCAAGGAGCUCCGGCGGCUGGACGCCAUGCCCUGUCAUAACCAGCAGCUCGCGGCCACCGCCUCCCAGUGUCCCGAGCCAGCAAAACCCGGUGGCGGGCCAGGGCAGGACCAGGCGGGAGGCCUGGCCAAGCUGCCUGCCAACGGCGCCGUGGUUGGGCCGGCCGGGGACAGGGCCGAGGGCCCCCAGCCGGAGGACCGCGAGCCCGAGGACCUCUUCUUCUGCCAGCUCGGCCCGCAACUCAAACUGCUACCCAUGAACGACCAGAUUCGGGAGCUCCAGACCAUCAUCCGGGACAAGACGGCCAGUCGAGGGGACUUCAUGUUUUCUGCAGACCGUUUGAUCAGACUUGUUGUGGAAGAGGGAUUGAAUCAGCUGCCGUAUAAAGAGUGCACAGUGACCACUCCAACAGGAUAUAAGUACGAAGGAGUGAAAUUUGAGAAGGGGAAUUGUGGGGUCAGCAUAAUGAGAAGUGGGGAGGCCAUGGAGCAGGGUUUGCGGGAUUGCUGCCGCUCAAUCCGAAUUGGAAAGAUUCUGAUCCAGAGUGACGAGGAGACCCAAAGAGCCAAAGUCUAUUAUGCCAAGUUCCCCCCAGACAUUUACCGGAGGAAAGUCCUGCUGAUGUAUCCAAUCCUAAGCACUGGAAAUACUGUCAUUGAGGCUGUAAAAGUCCUUAUAGAGCAUGGUGUUCAACCCAGUGUCAUCAUUGUCCUCAGUCUCUUUUCUACUCCUCAUGGUGCCACGUCGAUCAUCCAGGAGUUCCCAGACAUCACAAUUUUAACCACAGAGGUCCAUCCUGUUGCACCAACACAUUUUGGACAGAAGUAUUUUGGAACAGAUUAAGUUCGAAGAACACUGGGUUCCCCUGUACAAUAUUAUAAGAGUGUAUUGAGUUUCCUCUUGUUGUCCUAUUUCAGUUGGGGAAUGGGAUGAGACAGUGAGGUGGAGGGGCUGUUUAAAUGGAUUUUUUUUUCUGGGCCAAAUGGGAAAUAUUGGCGGUCUCUUCAUUUAAUUUGGUUAUUUCUUGACUGUUGGAACCAAGUGCGAUAAUGAGGCACACUCAGCUCUUAGAAUUGAUGGGAAUUUUAAUAAUGUGCUUAUGCAAAUUACUGGAUUCUUCAGUGAAUUAAUUUAUUCUCUAGUUUCUGAACUGCCCUGCUCUGAGGUUUCUUGUAGUUACAAAUAAAACCAAAAAGAGUCAGUUCUCUAAGGCCCACUGGGAGUUGCAUUGUGUUCUGUUUGCUUUCUGCUCCCUUGAGAAACAGAGAGAGG